AUGGUUCUAUUACUCCCAUUGCUUGGUUUGAUUGCCCUGAAGAAUCGAGGUGCGAGAGCUGUCUAUGUUUCUGCGGGCGUGUUUCCUUCACCUCAAGGCUAUGGCGCGGGAAAUUGGUCCGAUGCAUAUGACAAAGCGAAGGUGAUGGUUGGAAAGAUGACACCUGAGGAGAUGAACAAUCUUACCAUUGGAUUCAGCACCGAGCAUACAGGCUGCGUUGGUCUUUCUGGCUCUGCUCCACGCGUUGGCUUUCCUGGAUUCUGCUUGCAUGAUGCGGGGAAUGGUGUACGUGACACUGACGGCGUCAACGCUUAUGCUUCUGGACUGCACAUUGGAGCUUCUUGGAACGCGUCGCUUGCCUUUGAGCGUGCAGUAUACAUGGGAGCGGAGUUUAAGAAGAAGGGUGUCAAUGUGGCACUCGGUCCGGUCGUUGGUCCCAUCGGCCGCAUUGCAGAAGGCGGCCGGAAUUGGGAAGGGUUUGCAGCAGACGCCUAUAUGGACGGUAUCAUGGGAGCACAGUCUGUGCUGGGCUUGCAGCAGAAUGUCAUCGCGAGUGUAAAGCAUUGGGUGGCCAACGAGCAGGAGACCAAUCGCAACCCGAUAACGGUCGACGACAAAACCACACCGAGCAGCAGCUCAAACGUGGACGAUCGAACAAUGCACGAGACGUACAUGUGGCCCUUCCAGGAUGCAGUACAUGCUGGCGUCGGAUCAGUAAUGGGAUCUUACAAUCGCAUCAAUGGAACCUAUGCAUGCGAAAAUAGCAAGACCUUGAAUGGCCUCUUGAAAGGCGAAUUGAAUUUCCAAGGCUUUGUUGUAUCCGACUGGUCCGCGCAGCACAGCAGUCUCGAAUCYGCAAAUGGUGGUCUCGACAUGGCCAUGCCCACAUCUUCCUUCUGGGACAAGGAUCAACUCUCGGAAGCUGUCAAGAGUGAGACUCUGAACGAAACCCGGCUGACUGACAUGGCGAUGCGAAUCGUGGCGACGUGGUACCAGUUUGGACAAGACGACCCUGCUUUUCCCACCACAGGUGUAGGGCUCGCGCCAGAUCUACUUGUGCCACACGAGUAUGUCGAUGCGAAGGAUCACAUGUCCAAGGACUCUUUACUGCAGCAAGCCAUCGAAGGUCACGUCUUGGUGAAGAACACCAAAUCUGCUUUGCCGCUCGGAAAGCUGCGCUUCAUGUCCAUCUUUGGCUACGAUGCGGUUGCUCCCUCGACGUUCAACCCAACGCAGUCCAUAUUCGCUCAGAAUUGGGAAAACAUUGGACUAAAUUCGAGUGGCCAGCAAGAGAUCGCCAUGAAUGAGCCAGUCAGCGAGGCUCCUCAAAAGGCCAUGGGGAUACUGAUAUCUGGUGGAGGUAGCGGGAGCAAUUCCCCUGCAUACAUCAACUCCCCUUACGAUGCUCUCCAAGCACGAGCUUACGACGAUGAUACGUCAAUCUACUACGACUUUGAAUCGCUAUCGCCAGCAGUGGUGUCCGGUUCCGAUGCUUGUCUUGUGUUCAUCAACGAGUACGCCUCCGAGGCCUGGGAUCGGCCGGGUCUAGCGGACGAAGAGUCCGACGAUCUGGUCAAGAGUGUUGCUUCGCAGUGCAAUAACACCAUCGUCGUUAUCCACAACGCGGGCAUUCGACUGGUUGAUGCCUGGAUCGACAAUGACAAUGUCACAGCCGUCAUCUUCGCUCACCUACCAGGACAAGACGCUGGCCGCUCGCUCGUCCAACUGUUGUAUGGUGAUGUUAGUCCCUCUGGACGUCUUCCAUACACUGUAGCGAAAAAACCUUCGGACUACGGCAAUCUCCAGAGCUCGUGCGAGGAUACCUCGGACGAUCCGCAGUGUGACUUCUCCGAGGGAGUCAACAUCGACUACCGCAGCUUCAUAGCCCGAGAUGUGAAACCACGAUAUGAGUUUGGCUAUGGCCUCACAUUCACCAGCUUUGAGUACUCCGGUCUUGACGUCGAUAUGAAUGCCACAUCUACGGCAAACGCCCCAAGUACAGCUCCCUACUACGUCAACGGGACGACCAACCAGAACGUUGACAGAGAAAGUGUCGGUGUUGGUGGUCUGAAAGCUCUCUUCAAGAAAGUUGGCACCAUUACCGCCACCAUUCAAAAUACAGGCAUGGUAGCAGCAUCUGAAGUCGCGCAGUUGUAUCUUCAAAUCCCCAUCCCAAAGGACGAUCUUGGAAAGAACUCCAACACUCCGGUGUUGCGAGGGUUUCAGAAGGUGCACAUCGAGCCAGGAGAGUCCGCGGAGGUCAAGUUCAGUCUGCGGAUGAAGKAUUGCGCAUAUUGGAAUGUGCGUAACCAGACUUGGAUUGUGCCUGAUGGGGAAUAUGACGUUUAUGUGGGGAGGAGCGUGUUGGAUGUUCCGCUUGUUGGAAGCUUUACUUUGGAAUGA